AUGCAACACACUGGCGGUUCAGGCAGGCAGUUUGCCAGCAACAACCCCUUCAGGUCUCCAGACCUAACAAAUACUGCGACUGGGUUUGGCUCGUUGCAAGAUGAGCAGGAUGGCGUAUGGUCCGCGAGAGGCUCCAUGCAGUCGCAAUUUUCAGGUGACGCGUCGCCGGCGGUCAGCUCCUCUGCAAAAAGCAACUCGAAGAAUCCGUUCCUCGACGAUAUCUCUCCGCUUAUCCCAAACUCGUAUUCUCGCCCACAGCCCACAUACCAACAAGAUGAACGCCCUGGCUACGUUAACGAUUCUCCACCACAGGAGCGCCACCCACGCAAGUAUAAAAAUUCAGAAGAAGAGAAGGAGGAACUGAGGCAGAGGUACUUGAGUGAUAGGGGCAGCGACUCCGAAUAUGCGCAGAGGUCGCCAGCUCGCAAACCUCCCGCGGCCCUCGUUGACUUGCCCCCCUCGUACGAUGACGUAUCAGAAAGCAGGACGAGAGUAAAUAAGUACCCUGAGGAGAAGCGGUCCAGCAGUCAUAAUAGUCACAGCAGCAGAUCUCGCACGCACCGCCACCACAGCUCGCACGAGAGGAACGGCAGCGACCACAGGACACAGCGCUAUCACAGUGGUGGUACCUCGAAUAGCGGGACCUCAAAGAAGGAGAAGAGGAAAAGUUCGGCAGUCCUGUCGAAAAAUGUGGACACUAUCGAUAAACUGGACGUCACGGGACUGUACGGCGGGUCGUUCCACCACGACGGCCCCUUCGACGCCUGCACGCCGCAAAGAAAUAAGAAUAACAAGGCUGCCCCAGUGCUGGCGUUCCCAGUAGACGGGCCCAAUUCCACCAUUGGUGGUGCCACAACUAAGAAAUCGGCCAUGAAUGAAGUGUUUGGUGUCGAGGACAUUGACGACGACCACGAUUUGUACACAAUGAAGAAUACCAGCAAGGAUGCUAUCAGGAGCAACGUUGGUAAACAGAUGAGAAACAUGGACACUAAGAAUAAAACGGUUCAACUGCACGGAACGGAGACCGAUGGUCUCGGAUCCAGCACUUUCUUGGAUGGGGCCCCCGCUGUGGGAAUACAGAGGGGCAAUACCAUCUCAUAUAGGACCCCGGAUGCCUACGAUAGGCGGGGGUCUGGCAGGGACCCACAGGAUCUGCGCAGGAAUCGGAGCACUAACAGUCGCCCUGUUCCGCACAGGUUCAAUAGCAACGAAGACUAUUCGAGUCGGGCGCCAGCCCAGGACGUUGACGGUGAUCCGGACGAGGAUGUUUACCUCGGUGUACGUUUCGAUAGGAACUCGAAAAAACAAUCGACUGGUAACAAGUUUCUGAAUAGGGUGAAAAGUUUGAAAGUUGGUGCUAAGAAGAUUUAG